AUGGCGGCGUCACCGCUGUUGCUGCUCUUGCUGGUGUCGCUGGUGUCGACGGCGGCCGCCACCAGCAACACAUCGGAAAGCUGGGAGAGGAAGAGGAGCGAGGAGGAGACCCGGCAGAUCUUCAGGGAGUGGAAGGCCAUGCACGGCACGACCAACAGCUCCCUCGAUGAGGAGGAGCAGCGCGCGUACACCAUGUUCAAGCACAGGCUCGGCCUCAUCGACCGGCAGUGGCAUGACCAAGGCUACUCCGUCUUCUCCUGGGAGAGGGGGAGGAGCGAGGAGGAAACGCGCAAGAUCUUCGCGGAGUGGAAGGCACGAAAACCAGUUACUACCUACAGCUCCAUCGCCCACGAAGAGCACCGAUACACCAUAUUCAAGGAGGACCUGCGCAAAAUCGACCAGCACAACGCUGGCUACGCCAUCGGGGUCCACAAUAACAACAGAUGCCUCAACCAGUUUAGCCAUCUCACCCAAGAGGAGUUCGAAGCCGUUUGCUGCGGGUUCUGGCCGGAGGAGCCGUCCGAGGCCAAAUUACAGAGGAUAGGCGAGAUCCAAGAGCUGUUGCGGAAUGUUGUUCCAAGCGUAUACCGGGGAACCGGCCUCGCCAACGCGGUGGGCGAAACUAACUUCGCCGGCCUUCCGAAAGGGCAAGCAAAGGAGCUCGCUGCUCAAAUCGCCUCCGGCGUUCAGGCAGUGCAGCUCUCUCGACGAGUACUGGAGAAGGACCAGGUAGAAUUCCAUGAGAUGCGAAGUGGUGCAACAUCUGAACCUGAAUAA